AUGAUACCACCUUUGCUCCUAGAUGUUAAACCUGGCCACUGGGUGCUUGAUAUGUGCGCUGCUCCAGGAUCAAAAACUGUACAAAUAAUAGAAGCAGUGCAUGCAAAUGACUUACAAGACAAGACAAUUCCUUCUGGUCUUGUCAUCGCAAAUGAUGCUGAUAUGAAACGAAGUUGUAUGCUUGUGCAUCAAGCUAAGCGUUUGAAAAGUCCAUGUUUAAUAGUAACUAAUCAUGACGCAGCACAAUUUCCCGGUGUAUACGUGAACCAGCUCGCAAAAGAAAAUGGUCGAAUCGUAUAUUCAACAUGCUCAAUGAAUCCUCUUGAAAAUGAAGCAGUAGUUGCAGAGGUUUUAAGACGAUCCAGAGAUGUUUCUGACCAAUUACCGCAAUUAAUAAGAGCACAGGGAGUUACAUCAUGGAAGGUAAUGAGUAAAGAAAAUAAAUGGGUUGAUAAAUUAGAAGAUAUAAAUCCAAAGUAUCAGAAAAAAUAUGAAAAGUCUCUUUGGCCGCCUCCAGAUACAGGUCCAAUAACUGAUAUAAGUUCUAUAGAUAGUUCUGUGUCAAGUAAAAACACAUGUGACACAAAAGAUGUUUCGAUCGCUGAAGCUAAUGAGGAAAUUGACGUAUCUAAUGAGCAAGAUGAUGCAAUAAUUGAUGUUUCGGUCGCUGAAGCUAAUGAAAAUGACAAUCAAAACUCUGAUGAGGAAAUUGACAUAUCUAAUGAGCAGGAUAAUGCAGUGACUGUUGAUGAUCCGUCAACUAAUGAUGCUGUAGAUAAUUAUUACGUAAUUCCUGUAAAAAGACAUAAUGUUGAUUCAUCUAAACAUGAAUCACAUAAAUGCCCAAAAGUCGAAAAGCUUGAAACAGAAACAAAACCUGACGAAGAGAAUGACGAUCAGGAGACUGGACCACAAAAACGAGCGUACGAAGAACCUUUUAUUUUUUUGGAUCCAGAUUAUGGUUUAACAAUGAUAUAUCCUUAUUUAUCCAAGAAGAGAGUGGUAAAUUUUAACUUAGAAGAUCUUAAGAUAUUACUUUCAGAACCUACACCACUUAUAGAUCGAUUUGAUGAAGGAAUUCAGAAGAGGUUGAAAGAAUUAG